CAGACCGGCGGACGGAGGGAGAAGGAAAGAUGUCCGCUAUCAUGCUGUUGUUGGUUUCUUUGAGUUUGUGUUUGCGGACGACCGACGGUGCGGCGCAGAGCGGGGCAGUGGACCUGCGGGAAGCUCUGGAGCGGGGCCCGGUCAGUCUGAACGACAUGUUCCGAGAGGUGGAGGAGCUGAUGGAGGACACGCAGCACAUAUUGGAGGAGGCUGUGGACCAGAUAACUACUGAGAGUGCUAAAUCAGCUUUGACGUCACUGGAUCUGCAUCCUAACUACCACAAUGAGACGAAGAAGAUGAUAACAGAUGGAGAUGGAGCGGUGCAGGUCCUAGAUAGAGCUGACAAGGAGACUUAUAAUAAAACAGGAGAUAUUCAUCUUUCACACAUCCAUAUGGAGAUUUCUGGCCAUUUGAACGGUGUGGAUCACGAGUGCAUGGUGGACGAGGACUGUGGUCACCUGAAGUACUGCCUGUAUGAGAUUGAGAACUCCAAGUGCCUCCCCUGCAUACCAACGGACAUGCCCUGCAGUAAGGAUGAGGAGUGUUGCUCAGACCAGAUGUGUGUGUGGGGUCAGUGUACAGUCAAUGCUACCAAAGGAACAGAGGGAUCUAUCUGUCAGGGUCAGAGUGACUGCAGGCCGGACCUCUGCUGUGCCUUUCAACAAGAGCUGUUGUUUCCAGUAUGUAAUCCCAAACCAGAGAAGGGGGAGUCCUGUCUGAACCACCCCAACCUGCUAAUGGACAUGCUGGCCUGGGACCAGGAGGGUCCCCGUGACCACUGCCCCUGUGCCGACGACCUCCAGUGCCAACCUCAUGGACGAGGACGAAGAUCUGUUUGUGGAGAGUAGUACUGGAGAAGGAGAGAGCAUAACCGUCAUGGAGCUACACUAACAUCCUUACUGAACAUUCCCCACAGAACAACCCAACAAAUGUUCAACAAUUUAGAAACGAAUAGGAUGUUGCUUCAGGGCAGGACUUGCACUAUUAUUUAUGCCUUAUGAAUGAAUGAAAAUAGCCCCUGCCAAACACAGGGUGAAUGUUGGCUGUUGCCAGUGACUUCCGGUCACCUGCCAGCAUGGCAGAUAGGAUUUCUGUAUUUUAAGAAAUAAUAUUUGAAAAAUAAGUUAAAUAGUUGUGGAUUAAGGUUAAAUGAUAUAUUCUAUAUUCAUACAGUGUAGUGCCACAGACAAGUGCUCCACAGAGAUUUCAGAAGUGACAGGCUGGUACAAAUGUUCAGUGAUCUGCCACAUCGGCAAGUGAGGAAAAUACUUCAUUUUAGACCCUGCUUAUGACCAAUGUGUAUCAACAUGCAGCAAAUUAAAGAUUUGUUUUUACUUUUGACUGAGGACAGGGGGAAAACCAACCAACAGCUUCAUGUCACUAGUUGGCUAAUUUAAGGAUUCAAGGAUCAUUUAUUGUCAUUAUGUAACAUCAGUUCACAAUAAACACAUGACAAACAAA